AUGGCGAGUUCCAUGAGUGAUCUAUUUCCCGCGCAGCGCGUUUCCCCUCCCACCACUGACGAUUAUGUCUAUCCUCCACUUCCCAAAGCUCUCGAGGGUGUCAACUUCGAUCUUGCGUCGAGUUUGAGGGACAGCAAGCUCCAAGAGCAUCCGGCCAACCGUCUGCAAGCCCGCCAGGAGGCCCUUAACAAGUCGCUCGACUAUCUCAAGCAGCAGCAGUCCCACUUCAUGGGCUUCCAGGCCAACCAGAAGAUGAGCUUUGACGAACUGAAUGACUUCCUCAACGUGCAUAUUAACAACAUUGGGGACCCAUUUGUGGAGGGCACUUGCACCACCAACACCAAGUUCAUGGAGCGCGCCGUGCUCGACUACUACGCGUCGCUGUGGAACGCGAACUGGCCUCAUAAAUCGGCCCUCCUGGGUGACGAGGAAGGGAACAGCUACUGGGGAUUCCUCCUCACCAUGGGAUCCACCGAAGGCAACAUCCGUGCCUCCAAAUGCCAAGCCCAGGCAAGGAGCGCAGCUCCAUUCCCAGAAUGCUCCGACGAGUUUUGUGAGAACUACUUCUCGCCGGUUGCGUUCUAUUCGGAGGACACGCACUACUCGUUCGCAAAGGCGACCCGGCUCAUCGCCAUCCCCACUUUCGGAGUGGUGGGCGAGGAGAAGUACCCCGGGAUGUGCCCGAUCACCCAAGAUGGGAAGUGGCCGGACGAGGUCCCCUCGUACGAGGAGGGCCCCGAGGAUGGAACCAUCCACACCCAGUCUCUCGCGGAGCUAGUGCUCUUCUUUGCACGGAGGGGCCACCCCAUCUUCGUUAACCUCAACUAUGGCACCACCUUCAAGGGCGCCUAUGAUAGCGUCGUUAAGGCCAUGGCCGCGCUCAUGCCCAUCUUCCAGUUCUACGGCCACGACAAGCGGGUCAUCGACGCCGGCGGCAAGGAGAGUGUACGGACGGGAUUUUGGAUCCACGUCGAUGGCGCACUCGGUGCUGCUUACAUUCCGUAUCUGAAGCUGGCCGCGGAAGAGGGCUGCAAGUUUGAGGAUGGUGACGCUGUGGAAGUCGCGCCCGAGUUUGAUUUCAGCCUGGACGCUGUGCAUUCCAUCUCAAUGAGCGGGCACAAGUGGAUGGGUGCGCCAAUUCCAUGCGGACUUUUCAUGUCCAAGAGAAGGUACCAAAUCAACCCACCGAGCAAUCCGAUCUACACUGGCACUCCAGACACCACCUUUGCUGGCUCCAGGAAUGGCCUUUCGGCGGUCUUCUACUGGAGCUACAUCUCCAAGCAUACACUCAAGCAGCAUAUUGACAAGGCCGUGAAUUGCCAGGGGAUGGCACGAUUCAUCUACAACACCAUGAAAGAGCUGGGCAAGAAACUCAAGCUCGAUCUCUGGGUUGCACGAUCUCCACUCUCGCUCACUGUUCGUUUCCGGCAGCUCAACCAUGACCUGGUGCUCAAGUACAGCCUCUCCAACGAGACGCUAGUGGUCAAUGGUGUGCAACGCCUCUAUUCACACGUCUUUGCAAUGGAGCAUGUCACCAAGGAAUUGGUGCUCAUGCUAGUGGAGGACGUGAUGAAGCUCGGACACAAAGCUUUCAAGGAUUUAUCGGAUGGAAUUGCAGGUGGAAUCGAUGGACUGGCUACAGCGAUGGAUGCUCCUCUUGUUUCAUGUGUGCCAUUCCAGAGUCGUGGUUUCACCGGCAACUAAAGAACUUGUGAUCAUAAAUUACAUAAUAAGUAAAUAAAUGUUGUUGGAGAUUGCAAUGGC